AGGCUCCUUGAUGUUAGUAAUGAGGGGAGAGCAUCGUCCCGAUCCUUUCGCGGGACCUGAGCAAAGAUGGUGAAGAGAAAGUUUUAAAAAUCAGAGGAGAGGCUGAUUAGACAAUAUUUCAUAUUUUCCCCGGUGACAGUGUUUGUUUUUUGAACAUCUUUGCGAUUCCAUUGACGACGGGCUCUGGUGCAGUGCACAAAGCUCGGGCGCGGUCCCUUUAAGGUGAAUGGGCGGCUCUGUUAAUGGUUGGUGAGUAUUAAAGUGCGGGCUGCCCGCUGCUGUCUCGGCACUGUGGUGGAGCAGCGGCGGGGCCAUCAUGUCCCUGGCACAGGAGGACGCCGACGCCGACUCCGACGAUGACCUCCGGCAAGUGAAGGCGCUGACCCAGAAGCUGAAACUCCAGACCCGGCGGCCGUCCUUCGCCGAGUGGAAGGAGAAGCUGCAGGUUCAGCCCUGGAAGGGCAGCGGCGAGUCUGAUCACCAGCCGGGAGCUGGAGGUGGGAGCAGUGUCCUAUCCCCCGGGCAGAAAGCCGGCGCCAGGAUCGACAUCUCCCUCCACACCAUCUGCGGCUUCGCCAACAUUGCCGAGGCCGUGGGCUGGGUGAGGGCAGAGCUCCGAGAGAUGCAGUCACUGGACCAGCAGCUGGCGCGGAGGCUGAUGAGUCUGCGGCGGGAGAUUCACCGGCUGAAGGUGGAGCAGGUGUGCCACCAGCACAAGGAGAUGCUGGACGACGUGACAUAUGGACUGGAGGAGUGCGAGGAGCAGUCCGACCUGCUCUGUGACAUUCCCCUCAAAGCAGCCUUCAGCCUCUCCACACCCCUCAAACACAUCGGGGUGACAAAGAUGAAUAUCAACUCUCGAAGGUUCUCACUCUCCUGAGCCAGUUCGUCAGAGAGACUCUCAACCGAAAGACCCAACAAAUAGACUGUGGCUGAAGCCCUCUUGGUGAGGGUAUCAACUUCUGCCUUGGAUCUGAGCUUCUCUACAAUGUAGCUUCAUGCUCCUGUGGUUCCAACCUCUCUUCGGUGUGCUUGAACAAGGUCACACACGGUGUGGGGCGAGUGUGUGUUCAUGGUGGCUGCUGAUGUGGGUGGGAUGUACCAUCAGGGUAUUGUUAAUGGCGUUUUAUGCCUCAGCACUGAGAAUCUGAGCAGGAAGGCAGUGAUGUGUGGUGGUGGUAGUUAGAGUCAUGGGGUGAGGGUAUGGCAGCUAAUUUUUUUUUAAUGAAAGCAGCAGCGGUUAACAAAACACUCCACAGCACUGGCUGUAAGACCCGGGUUCAAUUCCCACUGCUGUCUGUAAGGAGUUUGUACGUUCUCCCCGUGACCGCGUGGGUUUCCUCCGGGUGCUCCGGUUUCCUCCCACAGUCCAAAGACGUACCAUUCGGUGGGUAAUUGGUCAUUGUAAAUUGUCCCGUAAUUGGGCUAGGGUUAAAUUAGGGGUUGCUGGGCAGCACAGUUCAAAGGGCAGAAGGGCCUGUUCCACUCUGUAUCUCUAAAUCAGCAACAAAGGCCCCAUCAGUCAGGGUCAAGCACAGAUGUUGCACCCCAGCUGUCUAGGCACACAAGCCAGGGCAGUACGAUACGGACAGCAAGCUCUCCCUCUCCACACAGCUGACGAACCCAAAGGAACGGCAGAGACUGAUUACAGUUUGGCACCAGCAAUGUUUCAGGAGUUGCCAGUUAGCAUUGAGCUCAGUGUAGGACUGCCCGAGGGACUCCAACUCUGGAUUUGUCCCUCGGUGGUGACUCCCAAAGCCUUCCCCAUGAGUGGGUGCAGCAGCGGUUCGAGAACAGUUUUCCUUCUCCCAGGUGAGUUGCCAGCCACGGCUGAUGAGCCCCAUCUGCCCGAUGCCACUGGUUCUGAGGCACCAGUAACCCUCCUUUGCCCCUUCUCCUGUCAGUAGAAACGGUUCCACUGGCCUUGGUAGCUAAGCCACAGGAGAAGGCCAGGAGCUAGACUUGGUUGUCAGAGGCUAUUUGAGACCCACACCAUUGGGAGCAUUUAUUAGGUAGUGGGAGCUUGUCCCCACUACCCUUGCCCGGCGAGAACAGCCUUAAGGAUUCUUUAAAUAAAUAACAAAUGUGGUAACAUACGUGGGCUGGCCCGUACGAUCCUUGCUGAUUUGACUUGAUGCAAACAAUGCAUUUCACUAUCUUUUGAUGUACCUGUGACAAAUAAAGCUAAUCUAUAAAAUCUAGUCUCUC